AUGCCUAACCAUGUCAUCCUGGCGUCAGGUGCUGUAGUCGCCGUAUCGGUCGCUGUUGCAACCGCUGUUGCCAUUUUCGAGUCGCCUGAAGUGCGACGUUAUGCCGACGAUGUCCGCAGAAGAAUAGCUAUGGCCCUGCACUCUAUCGGCGAAAACAUCGAUCCCCCCUAUCGUGAGCCAGUCUUUAAUAGACCCGAAGAUGCUGAUGGAUUCCUCGAGUCCCGCCGGGGAGUUGGCGCUGAAAAUGGCGUUGACGCUGACGAGGAAACACGCCGAAGACAACGUGAGGAACUGCUCUAUUGGAACAUGGUCAUGUUGGGGAAGCAAGAGAAGGAACAGAAGAUGAAGGAGUCUUCAGACGAACCAUCACGGUCCAUGACGGACACGCCGCGAAGAGGCUCCUCAUUUGACGACUUCCUUCGACAAGAUGAAGGCGCCGAACGGGGUGCUUUUGUUUUCAACACUGGAGCUGAUACUCGAGGAGCGGACGAAGGUCUGCGGCGUCGUGGUGAUGGCCCUCGCGGCUUCUCGACCCUCUACACCAAUCCUUUCGCCGACGAACACAACAUUGACCACGAAGAGCUGGACGACGAAGUCGAGUCAAUCCGCCAUAUUUCUCCCGCUAAUGACGAAGCUUCCGACAUCUACAGUGCUACCACUCAAGACCGAGAGGAGACACCAGCUGCUGCUGCCCUUAUUGAUACUGACCCCACACCCGCUCGCUCCGAGACAGCUUCUUCCGCCACCCUCGAGCAUGAGAUUGGUGUGGAUGAGUACAUGACCGCCGGCCAGGAGGAUCACGAUGAGGCUUAUGCCUCUAUCCAGGCUUGGGCGCAAAACACGAGCCCCGAGUUUUACUCUCCUCUUCCCGUUACCCCCAGCGCCCCCAUGUCCGAGCCCGAGAUCAUCAGCGACGACGGCAUGAUGACCCCUACCGACUCGGUAUCUCUCGUAGGCUCCGGAGAUGAUAUUGCCAACGAUGCGCAAUCAUCCCGCGAGGGCGAGAAUGGCCGUUACUUCGAUGUCAUGAGCGAGAGCUCCGGUAUGGCUACACCUGCGAGCUGGUCUGAAGUUGGCAGCGUCAUCAGCGAGAGCGAUGCCCCCAUCCCUGUGCGCCAAUAA